CCGAGAGGACCGAGGCGGGACGGAGGGGACAUGGGGAAGGACCAGGAGCUGCUCCAGGCCGUGAAGACCGAGGACUUGCUGACAGCUCAGCGGCUUCUACAGAGACCACGGCCGGGGAAAGCCAAGCUACUCGGAGCAGCAAAGAGGGUGAAUGUCAACAUCCAGGAUGCAGAUGGGUUGUCACCGCUGCACCAUGCUGCUCUGAGUGGUAACAAGGAGCUGAUCUCUCUGCUGUUGGAGGCCCAGGCAGCAGUGGAUAUUAAAGACCACAAAGGGAUGCGUCCUCUGCAUUAUGCUGCAUGGCAGGGGAAGACUGAACCAAUGAAAAUGCUGCUGAAGGCCGGGUCGUCAGUCAACGGACAGUCAGAUGAAGGACAGAUCCCUCUCCACCUGUCAGCUCAGCAUGGACAUUAUGAUGGGUCGGAGAUGUUGCUGCAACACCAGUCCAACCCGUGUAUCUCAGACUCAGCUGGGAAAACGCCAUUGGACCUCGCCUGCGAAUUUGGACGUGUCGGGGUGGUCCAGCUCCUGCUCAGCAGUAACAUGUGUGCAGCCAUGCUGGAACCAAAACCCUCCGACCCCAACGGCGUGUCACCUCUGCAUCUCGCCGCCAAGAACGGACACAUCGAAGUCAUACGGUUGCUGAUUCAGGCCGGUAUAGAUAUCAACAGACAGUCCGAGUCUGGCACAGCGCUACAUCAGGCUGCCCUCUGUGGGAAGACAGAAGUAGUACGCCUGCUGCUGGAUAGCGGCAUCAGUGCAGGAGUGAGAAACACUCUGAGUCAAACCGCCCUGGACAUUGUUAACCAGUUCACCACCACACAGGCCAGCCGAGAGAUCAAACAACUACUGAGAGAUGCUUCGGCCGCAAUGCAGGUGCGGGCACUGAAGGACUACUGCAACAACUACGACCUAACCAGCCUCAACAUCAAAGCUGGAGACAUUAUCACGGUUUUGGAGCAGCACUCUGAUGGUCGAUGGAAGGGCUGUAUUCACGACAACCGCACAGGAAAUGACCGUGUGGGCUACUUUCCCUCCAGCAUGGUGGAAGUCAUCAAGAGGGCAGGUCACUCCCCCUCCCAGCAGUGCCACACCCUCCUGCUCCGCAGGCCCAACCCCUGUCCCAUUGCCUCGGUCAACGGACACUCAUACCCCCCCUCCAAAGUCCUCCCCCUGCAUCUGCCUCCCCCUCCUCCCCCUCAUCCCAACACACAGUCCCUCCCUCGGUUCUCCUCUUUUGGGUACGUUCCUCUUCCCAUCUCUCCUCCUUCUCUGUCUACUCCUCCUCUGUCCACUCCUCCUCCUCCUCCUCUCUCCACUUCUCAGGAGCAGCAGAGUCAGACAGGUACAUACUGUAGUAUCACUUUAAAUCACAGAGUGUCUGUGUGUGCUUGUGUGUACGUGUUUCUGUGCGAGACAGGUUCGCGGACUGCAGAGUUGAGUCCUCAAGGCUCUCCGACCCUAGGACAGCAGAGCAGCACCAGUGAGGAUAUCUGGGUGCUACGCAAACCGCUGGCAGGUGGCGAGCGCAGUGGCAGUGUGGGCAGUCUCGGCAGCGUUCGGUCAUCGAGCAGCUUGCAGAGCUCUGGAAACACCCAUGUUCUGACCACCCCUGCACCCAGUCCGCACCCUGCAGCCACACCAGGAGUCAACACACACGGCCUUAACGCUCCAGGCCUGCACGCACAAGCCGAAGGGGUGAAGCUUCUGGCCACCGUGCUUUCCCAGUCGGUUAAAGCCAAGGAGCAUCUCUUGGAGCAGUCGCAGUCUGUUGAGCAGUCAGCGAGCUCUUCCAGUUGCACAGUCCAUGAACAGCGGUCGUUUGAGCGGAAGGCAGAGGAGGACGACGGGAAAAAGCAGGCAGUAGUGGCGUGGCUGGGUGAGUUUCAGCUGCAGUUCUACACCACCCACUUCCUCACCGCGGGAUAUGAUCUAGACACCAUUAGCCGCAUGACCCCUGAGGACCUGACGGCGAUUGGGGUCAUGAAGCCUGGACAUCGAAAGAAGUUGACAUCAGAGAUCAGCAAGCUGCCCUCCACAGACUGGCUGCCAGACCACAAGCCUGCCAACCUGGCAGACUGGCUGUCUCACCUGGGCCUCAGUCAGUACUACCAGGUCCUGGUGCAGAAUGGAUACGAAAACAUUGACUUCAUUUCCGACAUCAGCCUUGAAGAUCUGCAAGAGAUUGGCAUCACUAAGCUCGGCCAUCAGAAGAAACUGAUGUUGGGAGUGAAGAGACUGAAGGAGCUACAGAGAGGAGAGAGUGGUUCUGAGCCUCCUCCGAGCCCCUCUACACCUCCAUCCGGCGCAGGUGGCAGCACUGGCUCAGAGCCCCGGAGGGAGGCGAGAAAGCAGAGGGAUGGUGUCCCCAGCCCGCUGGCCAAGCCUCGCCCGGGUCUCGCACAUUCACAGACCCCUCCCGAUACACCGACACAAACCCCACCACAAACGCCACCACAUGCCCGGACCCAGCAGUCCUCCCCCAGGGCUCGGCCCCGCCCCUCCACCCAGAUGGCGGCGGCAGAUUCUUCGGUACCGCUGCUCCGGCUGCCCAGCGAGGAGGAAGAGCGACGUAGAACUCACAGUCUAAUUGGCUCAGAAUCAGACUCUAGAUACGCCACCGUGUGCCGCAGCAGCUCCGCACGUACUGCCGCCCUUAAUGAUGUCACUGUGAACCGCAGCCAAUCAUCUGUCACCCUCCGUCCCCGUCGGAAAGGUCGGCCCCCAACACCACCUAAACGGUCCUGUUCUUCCAUUACCGGGGGUGACGGGGAGGGAGAGGGACAGGCGGAAGGACUACUAGGGCUGCCAACCUAUCGGGAGCGGCGUGCCAGUGACUGCGGCAGCCUGGGAUCAGCUUUAAGAACUCAGGACUCAGCGGGCCUGGAGAGAUCAGAGGGGACUUCUGGGAGUGUUCGCAGCCUCGCCGCCAUGCUGGAAACAUCCAUCGUGGGUGGAGCCAAGACCCUGCCAAAGAAUCUGGGAAGCGGCACCAACUACCUACAGGUGAGUCCACCUAUACUGCGUCGCCAGGCAGGCGCAGGAGGUCUUGGUUCUGAGGAUGAUGAUGCCAUUAGUCGGCGCAGGACCAUCAUUGGACCAGAAGGUCAGACUGAUCAGACUGACCUGGUACCUCGGCAACCAGCCCAGCAACGUCCAGAGCCCAGGCCCCGCUCCACCGUGGUCACCUCAGCAUCAGAGAUCACAGACGGCACCGUGACGCUCCGAAGGAAGCCGCAUCCCCUGGCAACUGACUCUGAAGCGGAAACGAUACACAGGCGACCACGCAUGUCUGAGCAUAAAGAAGGUGUCAUUCAAAGCAAUAACCAGUCAGAAUCUCCAAGUGGUCAGACAAAGCAAACAGAUAGUAGCCGGAAAAACGGAGGUGAGGCGCAGCAGAACGGCAGCGUGGUCCUGAGGCGGAGGCCAGUGUCUGAGGUCUCUGACAGGAUGGAGACCAACCGAGAGAGCUGCGAGUGGAUGGAGGCCAGGAGGUCUCUAAAGCCAGCGGUCUCACCCAAACCAUCCUCAGUCGCCCUAAGGAAGACACAAGCUGAGCCCCCAACACCAACCCGCAGGGUCCCCAUACCUGGGCCUGAUAAUGCGGAGACGGCACAAAGCCCUGAGCCGAAGCGUGUCCCUCCUCCUGUAUCCCCAAAACCCCGCGGGCCUCCAACAGCACCGAAGCCAGGCAAGGCAAUAGUAGCUUCAGCUACCGUCAGCCCGGGCCCUGCUGCUAACAGUCCCACCACAGCCCCCAAGCCCUCCUCUCCACUCUCCGCCGCCCCCCUUCCAGCUCCCGACACCCCGUCUGCUCCUGCCCUCUCUCCGGGACUCCCACUUACGUCCCCCUCUCCGGCCCAGAGUCCUUCCACCCCCUCAUCACACCCUGUCAAACCUCCCCGCUCCUCCAUCGCCGGUCUCUCCAUCGACUUGCUGGGAGGACGCGAGCUGGAGGAGGAAGAGGAGAGGAGGAGAGAGGACGAAGAGAGGAGUAGAGAGAGGGAGCUCAAGAGGCACAGGGAGCAGGAGGAGGAGAGGAAGAAAGCAGAGGAAGAGAGUCAGAGGGAGCUGGAGAGGAAGCCCUCAAGGAAGGAGGGAGCGAGAGAAGAGGUGGAGAGUCAAGCGGAGGCAGUAGAGCAGGAGGAGGAGGUGCAGGAUCGUUUGGAGGAGACCAGUGCCUCCCUGGCUGCAGCUCUGCAGGCUGUAGAGCAUAAAAUCAAAGAGGAGGACACACAAAAUGACUCCCUUUCCAGCAAAAAGGCAACAGUCUCCAUCUUGGACGACAUCGGCAGCAUGUUUGACGACUUGGCAGACCAACUGGAUGCAAUGCUCGACUGAUCUCCCGCCCAAAUCUCAUUUCCGACGAGCCCUUUCCCUCCCCCCAUCUUGUGUAGGUGUGUCAAGAAAGCUCUCCCGAGGCUCGAUGCUGGCGCUCUGAGAGUUUGUGUGUGUGUGUGUGUGUGUGUGUGUGUGUGUGUGUGUGUGUGUUUUGAGAGUUUGUCCCACCUGUGCGAGCGCUUCUCAUGUAGCCUUGUACAGUAUACCGAGGAGGGAGUCCUCCUCGUCUGCUGCAGUAGCCCUAGUACGCCUCCCGAUGCGAGGAGGCCGCUCCCACACAACCUCUGACCUCCGCAACCUGGCGAGUCGCCGCCGCCGCCACCGGGCCUCAGACAGCUGUGUGGACCGAGAAGCACAAUCAUUUUCCUCAUCUUUUAUCUUUACAGACUCUGGCUAGGACAGAGAUGCCAACUCAGUCAGACAGGGAGACAGGCAGAUAAGCACAUUGCUUGCAAAAAUAAAGCACAUAUACUGACUGACAGACAGGCAGAUAGACAGCUAGAUAGAUAGACGAGAUGCAUACAGAUGAGACGCUGGAAGAGAAUUUUUCAAAGCACAUGGAAAGACAGGCCGCUUUCUGAGUCUGUCUCACUCCUGCAAUGUCAACAGGAUGCAUUUUUCCAGAAGAAUCGUAGCCUCUGUUUCUCUUCUGUGUGAGUGGAGGAUUGUGGUUAGCCGGACUUCCUGACCUGUGUGUGUUGUCUCUGUUCAUGUUGUUGUUGUUGCUGUUGUUGUUAUUGUUGCCGUUGUUGUCGUUAUGAGUGUGUGUAGUCCCUGCUGAUGCUCAUGUCAAUGUCCUCCCACUCGUACAGUAGUUAUACAAAUGAUCAGAACGACGAUAUGCUAGAUGUGUGUCCAUGAAUUUUGAAACACUCACACAGACACACGCACACACACACACACACACACACACACACAGACACAAACAAAGGCACACUACAUUGGUUUUAAUCUCGCUGAUGUUCUGCUCUGUUGGUGUUUAGCUCCACCCAUGGAGGUUUGCUUGGAAAUGAAUCUACACAUAUACAUUACAAAGACUGACAUACACAACUUCACACGCAAAGACACGUAUAUACAAGCACACUCAUGCGGUGUAUCCCUUUGUCCUGCUGCAGUGAACAGUGUUUUUAAAAGAUAAUCCUAUAUUUCAAUGCUUUAUAUAGUACAUCCAGUAUACAUACAUAGUUUAUAAUAUACCUGGGUAUUUGAGCUGUUAGAGCUCCCUCUAGUGUUGGAUAGUGAAACUGCCUCUAAUCUGCCCACCUUCCAUCUUGUCUCCCCUUUUUAUCUCCCUGUGUCUAUUCUGUCAACUCUGCAUCUCUCUGUGCCUUGGUAGUAUUCUUUCAUAUAUUCAAAUUGAUUUUUUUUUUUUGCCUCUUUUUUCUUGUUUUAGGCUCCAAAUUUCUCUUUUUCCUCAAAGACCCUCGCUCCUCUUGUGUCUGUGAUGUCAAAAGUAGCUUAUAGGUUGAGUUGUGAGUCCUAUAUGAUUCCCGAAAUCAAUCGUUCUGUCUCCAGUCCUCCUGUAACCAUAGAGAAGCCUUGUUUGAGCCCAUAUAAGACCCCCCCCCCCCCCCCGCCCCGUAAGCUGUAAUAAAUUGGCUCUGCUCCUCCUUGGAUCCCCAGUUUUCAGUGGUCCCCCAUGUAGGCCAGACAGUGGAUCAACCACCAGUGUUCAUCCCGAUGAAGAGUCUACUUGUAUUUUUAUGCUCUUUGAAAACAAAAAUAUAUUUGAGAGACAGAUGGUUCUAUGUGAAUGAUAAAAAUAAUGAUAAUAAUGAUGGUAAUUCUACAUGUUGAACUGAGGUGAGCUGAUUGAGCCUGUACAUUUAUGGUUGAGUUCUGGAUGUGUUGUGACGGCUGUUGUGCCAUGGUUGGGUUUAGGUUGUGUUUCUGCUGUGAUGAUGCAUUCCUGUACAGCUGUGGUCAGA